AUGUCGGUAGCCACAGAUAGCAUCAGAAGACCUGAACCUUAUUAUUAUUCGUCGCGAGGAGCUGUUUACUACACGCCUCGGAGUUCUGCUGAUCGGCGGGCCCGUCGCUCUGCUGCGCCCGCGAACCCGAGCCUCCCGGCACCUCACAUCGGGCCCCGCCAACGCCGCCCCCACUCUAUACAUAUCGUCUCAUAUCCCUCCGGAUUCAUUCCACAAGAACUUCGACCAAAGACAACGCCUCGAGACAUCGAGAGGCAAAGAAAGCGAGAGGAGGAAAAGCGAAAGAAGGAGCAGGAGGACAGGAAGAAACAGGAAGAGAAGCAGAAGAGGCAGCGUGAACAGGAAGAGAAGAAGCGCAAGUUGCGAGAGCAGGAAAAGAGACCGUCUCUUGGCUCAUCCUCGGGCGACAAGCGAGUUGGCAGCCUCUUCAGCAAGCUCAAGUCUGCAUUUCAGCCCCCAGAGCCGCAAAGCUCCCCUGGAGGUCCUGACGGCACAGCCACGCCAAUUUCGCGGCCGCGACCGCAAGCGAGGACUAGAGUGCGACCCGUAAGCUGGUUGAGCGUUACAAGCCGACUGUCCAGAGCGGAGGACACACCAACCGGCGACGACUCGUUGUCACCAACCACCGAACUCUCACUGCAAGCGACGCCGGCGUCUCAAACCCCCGGGCGACGAUCCACGACUAUACCCCCGACCGAGGACUCCAUUCCCGAGCACGAGCAAGAAACAGCUGCGUCGAGCGACCCUGUCACGCCAGACCCUGCGGGAACACAAGAUCUGGUGCCUGCACCUACUACUUCCCGAUUAUCCACUCAAUUAUCCGCUCCUGCCACUACAACUCCUUCAUCAUCUACAAUGGUCGACGUUCCUCUGAGGGCACCUCGUCUGUCCGCCGGGCCGGGCAUCGGCGCUGGACAUUCUCGCAGGAACAGCUUCAUGUCAGUCAGGUCGGCAAAGAGCACCAUGAGCUCCUCAGUUCAGGAGAUUCAACAACCUAAGCCCAUUGCCUCCGGCAGUGGUCUCUCGUGCACGAUCAUUUUGGCCGAGCCCAACGUCUUUUUGACAGGGUUUGACCACGAUGGUCACACACGACACGAGAGUCACAAUUCUACUGCACUCCUACGCGGUAAAUUGCAGCUCAACGUCUCCAAAAACACCAAGGUCAAAUCUGUCACAUUGAAGCUCUUGGGCAAAGCACGGACAGAAUGGCCGGAAGGAAUCCCCCCUCUCAAGGUCGACAUGUACGAGGAGGAGUCUUUAAGAACCCAAGCCCUGACAUUUUUCCAUGCUAUGCAUGAUGGCUGGGAGACAGAAUAUGGUAACCAAUGCACAUACAAGCUCAAGGGCACCCCUAUGAACCUGAACCUGAACCGGUCAUCACUCAGUCCCGGAGACUCAGCGUCUGUUCUGCAAAUCGGUGGCCGACAGCGAUCGAACAUGUCUGCGAAGGAGUUGAAGCGCCUGUCACUCCGCUCGGUCGAAUCGAGGAGUUUCGGUAAAGGCGAAUCCCCAGUGGCAAACCAAGUUCAGGCAAAGGGCUUUAAGGUGUUCUUCCCUGGCAUGUACGAGUAUUCGUUCGAGUUGCCCAUUGAUCACCACCAGCUGGAGACUAUCAAGCUCCAGUACGGCAACGUCAAGUGGGAACUCGAGGCAGCUGUUGAACGUGCUGGUGCCUUCAAACCUAAUCUCCACGGCACCAAGGAGGUAUCCAUCGUUCGUGUCCCUGACCAGAUGUCACUAGAGACCUCAGAGCCGAUCUCAAUAUCUCGACAAUGGGAAGACCAACUACACUACGAUAUCAUGAUAUCAGGGAAGUCUUUUCCUAUCGGUGCCAAGAUUCCCAUCGCGUUCAAACUUACUCCACUUGCAAAAGUGCAGGUGCACAAGUUGAAGGUCUUUGUCACCGAGGCGAUUGAGUACUGGACAAACGACAGGAAAGUGACGAGGAAAGAUCCCGGACGGAAAAUCUUGUUACUCGAGAAGACUGCUGGAAAACCUCUCGACAAGCAGUACGAGUCCAGUCAACUACGCAUUCUUAGCGGUGGUGAGCUGUCUCCGGAUGAGCGAGACGUAGCACGUCAAGCCGCACAGCGGAGGAGGACUCUUGAAGCUCAACGCACACAUUCCUCGGCGGCGCCCCUCCCAGAGCCCACAGAGAACUUGCUCGGUGACCUCGACCUGGGCUUGGAGACAUAUUGGGGCUCAACAGAGAUGGAAAUGAAUGUUCAGAUGCCAACAUGCGAGAUGAUGGCUAAGGAUAAGUCGCUGCGGCUGCACCCUGACUGCAGUUGGAAGAACGUCAACGUGUACCACUGGAUGAAGAUUGUGAUGCGUAUCUCGCGCAUUGAUCCAGAUGACCCGGCUGGUAAACGGAGACGGCACUUCGAGAUUAGCAUCGACUCGCCAUUCACAGUGUUGAAUUGUCGCGCCACACAGGCAAACACAGCUUUGCCCGAGUACAACAGCCCAGAUACCAGCGGGUUGCGUCACCAGACCUCGUGCGGCUGCCCAGAUGCGCAGGUCUUGAACUCGAGCCUCACACCGGACAAUUCCAGCGGAAGUCUUGUUGACGCCACACCUGUCAACACUGCUCUGCCCAUGCCACCGCAGGCGGCUCAUCUGCACACAUCGUCACAAGGCAUUAAUGGGAAUUCGAGCUCCGCAUCCCCAACAACCGCAACAGCAGGCCCGCCCCCGGCAAGCUCGAACCCCGUGUCGCCGAACCCCUUGCAAAGGAUACGCGACCAGGAGUCUAACCCUCGACCAAUGCACUUGCUCCGUUAUCCUUCAUUCGACCCACCACCGUUUGACUAUGACCAGGCACCUCCACCGAUGCCCACACCCCCACCCAAUUACGACAUUGUAGUGGGCACUCCCAGCGUCGAUGGUCUGGCCGACUACUUUCAACGCUUGUCGCACUACGAAGACCCAACACCAAGCCGAGUCGAGGAUGACUACCUGGCCGCAGGCGCCAGCAGCUCGGGCGGCGAUGGUACCGAUGAUAUAACACCACCUGCACGCCGCCCAGCGGAAGACGAGGGUGAAGACACGGAGGUUGAGUCUGACUCCGACUCGGGUGACGAGCGAAGACCGGCAAGAACUGUGAGCCGAGCAGGAACAGUCAAUGUGGCAAACCCGCGGACGCCAGGAGGGAGGCUCGUACCGAGCAGGAGCUUCGAGAUUGAAAGGCCUACAGGCGACUUCGCCCUAAGCAUGGCUGGGGUUGUGAGGAGGAAUGGAGCGGGUAAUGCUUCCUAG